AUGACAACGGUGCCACGGCAACGCCCCCUACCGGAAGUCACGCCCACAUCGCCACGGCAACGGCGCCUUGAAAACGCCUUUACCGGAAGUCACUCCCGCGUUGCCGUGGCAACCGAGCACGCCGCCCCGCCCAUCUCCAUGGCAAUCCCGCGUGCCUUUUGUUGCUAUGGCAACGCCCCUGCCGAGGCCACGCCCACUCCCAAUGGGCUGAUCCGGGGCGCUCUCCCGUUCGGGCUGGCUCGCCGGGAGCUGGCGUGUGAGGGGUGCAAUAACCGCACUCAGUGCGUUGUGGUCGCCGGCUCCGACGCCUUCCCCGACCCCUGCCCGGGCACCUACAAAUACCUGGAGGUGCAGUACGACUGCGUGCCCUACAUUUUCGUGUGUCCGGGCGUUCCUCAGCGCGUGGGUCCCGCCCUUUCCACGCACGAAUCCCCGCACCAGGCGGGGGGCUGGUGCCGGGACCCUCUGCAGUCGGGGGACCGGCUGUACGUGCUGCCGUGGGUUCCGUACCGCACGGACACGCUCACCGAGUACGCGUCCUGGGCCGACCUGGUGGCGUCGCGCCCCGCGGCCACGCACCGGCUCCCGCACCGCGCCGACGGCACCGGCUUCGUGGUGUACGACGGCGCCGUGUUCUACAACAAGGAGCGCACCCGCAGCAUCGUCAAGUACGACCUCAGGACGCGCAUCAAAAGCGGCGAGACCGUGGUGGGGGCCGCCAACUAUCACGACACGUCGCCCUAUCGCUGGGGCGGCAAGACCGACAUCGACCUGGCCGUGGACGAGGAGGGGCUCUGGGUGAUUUACGCCACCGAGGGCAACGGCGGGCGGCUGGUGGUGAGCCAGCUGAACCCCUACACGCUGCGCCUGGAGGGCACCUGGGAGACCGGCUACGCCAAACGCGCCGCCUCCGACGCCUUCAUGGCGUGCGGGGUCCUGUACGUGGUGCGCAGCGUUUACCUGGAUGACGACACGGAGCACCUGGGCAACGCCCUGGUUUACGCCUUCGACACCCGGCGAGGCCGCGGCUCGGCGCUGGCGCUGCCCUUCCCCAACCCGUACCAGUUCGUGGCGUCGGUCGGGUACAACCCCCGCGACAAUCAGCUCUACGUGUGGAACAACCAUUUCCUGCUGCGCUACGGCCUCGACUUCGCGCCCCUGGACGGCGACGGUCCGGUGACGACAGAACCGCCCAGCGCGGCCCCCCCGCACCCCACGGCCCCCCCCAGCUCCGCAAUGCACAAGCGGGAGCGAACCUGCAAGGAUUACAUCAAGGCCGUGGUGGAGGCCGUGGACAAUCUGCUGCGGCCCGAGGCUCUGGAGUCGUGGCGGGACAUGAGCGGGGCGGAGCAGGCGCACACGGCCACCAUGCUGCUCGAUGUGCUGGAGGAGGGCGCCUUCCUGCUGGCCGACAACGUCAAGGAGCCCGCGAGAUUCCUGGCGGCGCGACAGAACCUGGUGGCCGGGCACUGGUCCAGCCAGGGCUGUCGCCUGCUGCGCUCCAAUGGCACCCACAGCUCGUGUGCCUGCAGCCACCUGACCAACUUCGCUCUGCUCAUGGCCCGCACCCAGAGCUUCCCGGGCCGGUUGAACGAGGUGCUGCUGUCGGUGAUCACGUGGGCGGGGAUCCUGGUGGCCCUGCUGUGCCUGGGCCUCUCCAUCUCGGCCUUCUGCUGCCUGCGGGGGCUGCCCUCGGAGCGCACCACCAUCCACAAGAACCUGUGCAUCAGCCUCUUCCUGGCCGAGCUGCUCUUCCUCGUGGGCAUCGACAAGACACAGUACCAG